AUGGCUGUAACAGAGAUGAAAGACACUGAAGCAUAUGUGGGAAAACCGCGACCCAAACUCCCUCACGGCGCCCCAGGGGCGGGGCCGCCAUUACCGGGCCCCUCCCCCGAGCGCGGCCGGGGCGCGUGCGCGGCGGAGGCGCGUGCGCGGCGCGCUCAGGGACCGGCCGGGCCGGGCCGGGCCGGCACCGCCGCCCUGCAGGGCAGCCCAGCCGCCGCCCCCACCUCCUCCGCUUCUUCCUCCUCCUCGCCGCCGCAGCAGCAGCAGCUGACGCUGUUUGUCAUGCAGCCGGUCGGCGAGGAGGAGGGGGCGGGGGGGGUGGUGCUGCAGCCGAGCGGCGACCCGCAACUGCCGCCGUCCGCUAGCGGCGGCGUGAUGGUGUUCUACGAGCUGGGGACCUCCGGCGAGAUCGAGGUGGUGGAGGAGGAGGCCGAGGCGGCGGGCGGCGAGAGCACGGCCAGCCUGGAGGAGCUGGAGGAGGAGGAGGCGGCGGCGCCGGGGGCUGCGGGCAGCGAAGCGGCGGCGGGCGGCGAGUGCAAGAGCUGCACGUACGAGGGCUGCAGCGAGACCACCACGCAGGUGGUGAAGCAGCGCAAGCCCUGGAUGUGCAAGCGGCACCGCAACAAGAUCUACAAGGACAAGUACAAGCGCAAGAAGAGCGACCAGGCCCUGGGGGGCGGCGGGGCGGCGGCCGCGGGGGGCGGCCAGCGGGCCGAGGAUAGUGCUGAAGGUUCAGCAUCUGUUUCAAAGCAGAGAACAGGAUCCAUUGGAGAUCGUCCAGCAAGACCUACUCUUUUAGAACAAGUAUUGAAUAAAAAGAGACUGUCACUACUCAGAAGCCCAGAAGUAGUGCAGUUUUUACAGAAACAGCAGCAACUGUUAUGUCAACAAGCUUUGGAACAACGGCAGCAACACUUUCAAGGAGCACCUGGGUAAUGAGAAAAGAUCAAUGAUCUGCAGAUGAGUCUGGUGCUGAAGGAGGGACAGGAUCUGUAUUUUGUAUAAAUACAAAGAAUCUCAAUGUUUAAACAAAAAUGGAAGUUGCUGUUGUUGCGUUUUUGUUACUUGUUUGCACUUUUGAGGUUUUGAGCUGCUUGGGUAUCUGCAAACUUGUGAACAAAUCACAGAAUGGCCUGGGUUGUGUUAUGGAAGCUUCCCAGUCUGACCAUUCAUGAGACUCUCUGACAGUCACUCUCCCAGUGACAGAGAUGUUUAAAUUCUAGGACCAAAGCUCCUUCACUGCAGGUAGCUCCAGUGAUCUGGCAGGUGCCCCUCUUGACUCCCUGCACACCGAGCUCGCAGUCAGACCAGGUUCCGUUACUGGUUUGACCCCAGUCUCAGACACCUUGUUCCAUAAAGCAAUUUAUUAACAGUGUGAUAACACAGAAACAGCCUGGGCUGGUGCAUCCGAGGAGAGAUCUCAGACAAAGGAACUCCUGGGUUUUUAUACUAUCACAGACUAAGGCAAGCCUCAUUCUUCUUCCUGAGUCUUCCCUUCUGAGUCUUCCAUUUCUACCAUGUUCCUGCAUCCAUUCACCCAGCUAGCCACUCAUCUUCAUGCCUUUUGUUAUGCAAAGAGCUACCUGCACCAGAUGUAUUCCUCAGCAGUUGGAAGGGACCUUGAAAGAUGAUCAAGUUCCAACUCCCAUGCUGUGAACAGGGAUACCUUUCAUAAGACCAGGUUGCUCAGAGCUCUGUCCACCCUGGCCUUGAACGCUUCCCAGAGAGGGAGUAUAUAUACCCAGCUUUUCUGAGCAACCUGUUCCAGUGCCUAACUACCCUCACAGGAAAAAAAUUCUUCCUAAUAUCUACUUUAAACCUACUCUCUUUCAGUGUGAAUCCAUCCCCCUUAUCCUUCCCUACAUGCCCUUAUCUUUCCUGUAGGCUCCCUUCAGGUAAUGGAAGGCUGCAAUUAGGUCACCAUGAAACCAUCUCUUUUCCAGGCUGAACAAUCCCAAUUCUUUCAGCCUUUCCUCAUAGGACAGGUGUUCCAUCUCUCUAAUCAACUUGUCUCUGGAUCUCUGGAUUUGCUGUAACAGGUGGAUGUCCUUCCUAUGUUGUGGGUUUCAGAGCUGUAUGCAGUCCACCAGAUGGGUUUUCACCAGAGCAGAGGGGCUGUGAUGGGUUGUUUUUGGCUGGGCAUACAGAUUUAUAAAUUUUCAUUACCUGCUAUCCCCCUGUCGUUUCUCAGAUAGGUAUUAUUUUCCCAUCUCAAGAGCAUCCUUCACCUCUCCAGAUGUCCAAAAUCAGGCCAUGACUUGGGUUAGAUUCCAUCAGGAUGGGUGCUCAGGAUAGGAGAAGCAGCGCUCUUAAUUGUUGGGCACCAACAUUGGCCCUGUGCCUCCCACUCCUUAUUCCUCACAAAAUUCACGCUUCUUCAGUUAAUGUCAUUUUUGCUGUGGUCACCCCAUCCUUCUGUAUUACCCACCAAGUACACCCAGGUAUUGGAGCAAAGACAAUCCCCUAAACGGGUUUACCUUCUAUAGGGAGAGAUAUCCACCCUCAUUUUCCUAGCCACUUCCCAUGUAUAGUACCUAACCUUCCCCAAUGUGUAGGAGUUUUAUGUGGGCAGGACCAGGGAGGUUCACAGAUCCCCUAGUGUUAACGAGCCAAGUGGCUUCUGUUAAAUUUACAUCCCAUUCCUUCCAUGCCCCAUUACCUAAUACAGUCUUCAGCAGUCUGUUAUACCCCACAAUCCUUCCAGAGACUUAUGGGGGAUAAGGGAUGUGAUGUCCACCCAAUGCCACGUUUUCUUGCUCAAGAGUUUAUUAGGUUGUUUUGAAAAUAAAUCCCACUGUCUGAUUUGAUUCUCUCUGGGGCACCAUGUUACCACAAAAUGUGUCUCUCAAGACCUGAGAUGGUGUCUUGAGCAGUGGGAAUAGUUUACAGGGUAUGUUGCCAACCAGUUGUUGCCUCUGCCAUGGUGAGUAUGUAGCUCUUGCCUUGGUGUGUUCAUGGCAGUGGUCCAGUUUGCCAGGCCUUACCAUACAGGAAACCCAGCUGCUACCCUCUAUUCCACGGAAAGUUUACUUCAGUGGCUUGGUUGAUUGCAGCACUUGCUUCUCAUUCAUGAAUGAUCUGUGCAAUGGCCUCCAUGGUCAGCUCCACCCCUCGAUGGGCCCAUCUGUCUGUUGCAGCUGAUGUUUCAUGGCCCUAUCAGUUUACAGAUAGCUCACCCUUCCACUCCCAGUCUGAGUGUAGCUAAGUUAAUUCAGUUUUGGCAGCCUUAUCUGCCUGUUAAUGGUUUUGAUGUUCUUCAGUGGCAUGGCCUUUGGGCAUGUGAACAUCUAUCUGAUGUACCUUUCCAGUCAUGUUUUUGACCUCUACACUGAUGUCCUCCUCUAGUGUAGGUGCAGUCCAGCCCAGAUGGGUUUAACCCUGCACUAUCAAUUGGUCUUCUUCCAUUUUUGCAGCCACUUCCACACAACAUGAACCACCAUCCAGGAGUCAGAAUAGAUACAGGUCACUUCUCUCGUUCAGCAGUCUCUAAGGCUAGUUUGGAUGGCUUUUGCCUCUGCAAACUGCCUUGACUCUCCUUCUCCUUCAGCAGCCUCAAUGACUUGUCCAUCUCUGAUGGUUUCCUGCCACACAGCAGGAUGCAUCACUAAACAGGGCAUAGCCUCUUUCAUCUUCUGGUAACUCAUUAUGUGGUGGUGCUUCUUGUGCACAAGUCUCUUUCUCUGGCAGUGCUCUAAAAUCUUUGCCUUCUGGCCAGUCCAUGAUUUUUUCUGGAAUUCCCAACAGAGCUCAUGUAAUCAAUGCUACCCUCUUACUCCAUGUAGCACUGGCUGUGUGAUGUCUUAAGGGGAUGUUUCCUUUGAGAUCUGGAGAAGUCUUUUCCAAUUAUUUCUAAACCUUCAUUUUAAUACUUAAUUUGUUAAUAAAAAUUUGGUUUUGGUAGCAGUGUUUAGCUGUACACCCUUUUCCUACCAAAGUUAUAAUAAAUUAACGUUUUUCUAUAUAAA